AUGGCUGCUCGAGCAGAAACCUACAGAAUAAUAUGCGGAUCACACUUUGACCGGGCAAUCCCACGCGACCCAGUCUUUACCCCAACCCCGACAAAUUCGAUUCCGAGAGAUUGCUCAACAGCAAAGGCAAAAUUUAGGACGACAUCAAGUUCCCUUCGUAUGGCUUUGGACACAGAAUCUGCCCCGGGCGGCAGUCUUCAUCGACAUCGUGCUCCUCCCGUGGUCGUUCGGGAUCCUCAUGUCCUAGAGAAUCCGACUGAUAAGAUAGGCUUCGUGGAUGGCGUGAUUUUGCACCCCAAACCGUUCACUGCGCGCUUUCAGCUGCGAUUACUGAGGGACGAGAUGGCUCAGUACGGGGAGUGGUUGUAG